AUGGGAAAUUAUAUUCUCAAACUAUGUUAUGCUUUGUUUUUCAUUUUCUUGCAUUCUGCAAGUUCAAUCCAUGGACAUUUCAACUCAACAAGUAGUACUAAAGAAGUAAAAUGCAAAGAGAGGGAGAGAGAAGCACUCUUAAGGUUCAAACAAGGCCUCCAAGAUGAUUAUGGCAUGCUUUCCACAUGGAGGGAUGAUGAGAAAAAUAGAGAUUGUUGCAAGUGGAAUGGAAUUGGUUGCAGCAAUGAAACAGGUCAUGUCCACAUGCUUGAUCUUCAUGGUUCUGGUACACAUCUUUUGAUCGGUGCAAUCAAUCUUAGUUUAUUGAUUGAGUUGAAAAAUAUCAAAUAUUUGGACUUAAGCAGGAAUUAUUUUCUUGGUAGUUACAUACCAGAACUUAUUGAUUCCUUCACCAAAUUACGAUAUCUCAAUAUUUCAAGUUGUGAAUUUAUUGGAAGGAUACCUAACCAACUUGGGAAGCUUAAGAAUUUACAAUAUCUAGAUCUCAAAUACAAUGAAUUUCUUGAAGGACAAAUCCCUCAUGAACUUGGAAAUCUCUCACAGCUCAAGUAUCUUAACAUUGAAGGAAACAAUCUUGUUGGAGAAAUCCCUUGUGAACUUGGAAAUCUAGCAAAACUAGAGUAUCUUAACCUUGGAGGAAAUUCUCUUUCAGGAGCAAUCCCUUAUCAACUUGGAAAUCUUGCACAACUGCAGUUUCUUGAUCUCGGAGACAAUUUACUUGAUGGAACAAUCCCUUUCAAGAUUGGGGAGCUUUUGAUGGUGCAAUCACACUAA